AGUAAUACCGACCAAACGGCCAUGGCCCCAUCAGUCCCUCCAAGAGCUCUCUCUCUCUCUCUCUCUUCAUUUCGCCAUUUUUGCUGACUUCUCGUUUCCUUAGAGAGCUCUCAGCAGAACUUCUCCGCUCUCUCCACCUGUAGAGCUCGCCUUCCAUGGCGGCGACUGUCUCUAUCGCCUCUUCCAUACCCGCCAUUCCCCUUCCUAAAGCUCGGCGGCUCCACCGGUUCUCCCGCGUCGGGAUGACAUUUGCUAGCUUGAGUAGCGAAAUCGCAACUCCGGGAGUGAAGCUCACUGAAGGAGAAGGGAAAUUGCCGAAAGUGGUGCUGACCUCUACGCACGGCAGCGAGGCAGAGAUAUAUUUAUUUGGUGGCUGUGUAACAUCAUGGAAAGUUUCAAAGGGGAAGGACCUAUUGUUUGUUCGACCAGAUGCCAUUUUUAACAAGAAGAAACCUAUCAGUGGAGGGAUCCCACAUUGCUUCCCACAAUUUGGACCUGGUCCUUUGCAACAGCAUGGUUUUGCAAGGAAUAUGGAUUGGUCCAUCUCUCAAUCUGAGAAUGUGGAGGGAGAUACUGUUGUAACUCUAGAACUAAAGGAUGAACCAUUCAGUCGUUCCAUGUGGGAUUAUAGCUUCCAAGCUCUACACAAGGUUUCUUUGAAAGCAAAGAGCCUCUCUACAGAGUUGAUAAUCACAAAUACUGACAAGAAACCUUUUUCAUUCAAUGCUGCCUUGCAUACAUACUUCCAUGCUUCUUCUGCAUCAGCAUCAGUCAGAGGUUUGAAGGGCUGCAAAACACUGAAUAAAGAUCCAGAUCCUAAGAAUCCAAUUGAGGGCAGGGAGGAAAGGGACGUAGUGAACUUUCCAGAGUUUGUAGAUUGCAUAUACCUCGAUGCACCUGAUGAAGUCCACCUUGAUAAUGGGUUGGGAGACACAAUUACCAUCAAAAACACGAACUGGUCAGAUGCCGUCUUGUGGAACCCACACCUGCAAAUGGAAGCUUGCUAUAAGGAUUUUGUUUGCGUUGAAAACGCUAAGAUUGGAAGUGUCCAGCUAGAACCCGAACAGUCGUGGACAGCAACUCAGCAGCUUUUUGUUAACUAAGAUUGUCUGUUAUCUCGAGGUAUAACCUACUAAAGACACUCUUCCCGGCGAUCCUUUGCCUUGCAACUGGUUAUCAUUAUGUGCUGCUGAGGAAGAUACUUUCAUAGUAUUCUGAUAAUGUCUUGUAAAGUCACCGAGUUUUUCCAGAUUAUAGGACUUUUGAGGUAAUAAAGCGCAAGAUUGAUCUAUAUUGGAUUUGUUACAUGUUUGUUGUCA